AUGCUCAAUGGGUCAAGCCCCCAGGCAGGAAAGAUUUGGAAGAAAGCCCAGAUGGCCUUCCUUUUUGAUGGCAAACGCAUGACAGAGACCUUUCUGAUCUGCAACACUGGAACACACACUGCCAUCCUAGGAAUCAAAUGGUUAGAAGCCCACAACCCUGAAAUUGAUUGGAACUUGUGCACACUCUCCUUCCCUCAUGCACCACCAGAACACGUGGCUUUUGCCAAAGAGGAGGAAGCAGACAAAGAUCCCCUGAAGGGAGUACCCCCAGAAUACCACCAAUAUGCAAAGGUGUUUGGGGAAGAAGAGUUCAAUAAGCUUCUGCCACACAGGUAUUACAAUAUUGGCAUAGAACUCACCAAAGAAGGGCCUUUAAACUUGCCCUUGUACAGCAUGACAGAUGCCAAAUCAGCCACCCUCAAGGACUGGCUUAGGGACAAACUUAAGGCAGGAAAGAUCCGUCCCAGUAAAUCUUUGAUCAGCUUCCCUGUUAUGUUUGUCCCAAAAAAGGAUGGCUCCUGA